AUGCGUUGUGUGAGCUUUUUGUUGCUGGGGACAUGCCUCCUGGUCCUGGGCCCUGUGGUGCAGGGAGCCCCAGGCCAGUGCCCCAGCCUGUGCCACUGCCACGGUGACCUUCAACACGUCAUCUGUGACAGCGUCGGGCUAAAGAAGAUCCCCCGAGUGUCGGAGGUCACUCGUCUGCUGAACCUGCAGAGGAACAACCUGGGCAGCAUACCCACGGGCGCCUUCAGUGAAAGCAAGGGACUCAUCUCUCUGCACAUGCAGCACUGCCAGCUCCGAGAGAUCGGGUCCCAGGCCUUCAAGGGGCUGAAGAAGCUCAUCUACCUCUACCUGUCCAACAACGACAUCAACAGCCUCAAGCCCGGCGCCUUCGAUGACCUGGCCGAGCUCACCUACCUCUACCUAGAUGGGAACCAAAUCAGUGACCUCUCCAAGGGCAUCUUCUCCCCAAUGAUCAACCUCUUCAUCCUGCAGCUCAACGGCAACAAGCUCCGGGAGCUGCGGUCGGGGACUUUUGCAGGCGCCAAAGACUUGCGCUGGCUGCACAUGAGCGGGAACGAGCUGACGACCCUGCAGCCGGGCUCUCUGGACGACGUGGAGAACCUCGCUAUACUUCACCUGGACAGGAACAAGAUGUCCACCUAUCCCAGUGCGGCGAUGAGCAAACUGCGAGUGGUGGAGGAACUCACGCUGGGGAAGAACCCCAUGAGGACCAUCCCAGACAUCGCCUUCCAGAGCUUUGGGCGCUACAUGGAGAAACUAUCCCUGGACGACAUGGGUCUGGAGAAGUUCUCUGAUGGUGCGUUCAUUGGUGUGACGGCGGUCAAGUCACUGAACCUUGACAACAAUAAGAUAAAGUUCCUUCCUAAAAGCAUCGAUUUUGGCACCAUCACUAACCUCACCCUCACCAACAACCCGUGGAGCUGCUCGUGCCAGCUAGCUCCGCUGCGAAGGUGGAUGGACUCUAGUCGCAAUCGUCCAGACGCAGUGUGUGCAUCUCCACCUCAGCAGAAAGGAAAGCAAGUGAGAGACAGCGCUGCCUUCAGUGGCUGCAGAGUCAAGCCAAAGAGAGCCAAAAAGGGCACACGCCAGUCGCAGCUGUAAAGGUGACUGAGGAGGAGCCUGUCCAGGUGACUGGCUACAAAUGCAACAAAAAGCAAUGCUGACUCAUUCUAGACUGUCCAUCUAUUCAUCUGCCAAAUAUUGUCACUGGUGUAAACACAGACAAAAACAUUCAUAGAUACACUUGCUCUCCGUCUGUCUCUCUUACACCCAAACACACGAAGAGCUUCAUGGACCUGAGACGCAACUUUAAAUUAAUUUUCCCUCAUUUAUAUCAAAGAUAGAGACAAAAGUAUGAAGUAGAAAUGUGCAAAAUUCAGGUAACCACCAAAAUAAAAGAAUGCAUUUGAGUAAAUGAAGACUACAAAAAGCAUUAAGGACAAACAUGUUGUCUUUUCCUGGUGCCUUCAGGAGACAACAGGAUAAACAGUGAAGACAAGAACAUCUGAAU